AUGAGCACCGCAAUCCAGCAAUCCAAGAAGAGAAAGUUUGUUGCCGAUGGAGUUUUCCACGCAGAGUUGAACGAGUUCUUCACUCGUGAGUUCAACCAGGAUGAGGGUUACUCUGGAGUUGAGUUGAAGACUGGCCCAGGUUCCACCGAGAUCAUUAUCCGUGCCUCCAAGACCCAGGCUGUCGUCGGAACCAACGCUCGUCGCAUCCACGAGCUCACCUCUUUGGUCCAAAAGAGAUUCGGUUUCGCCGAGGGUACCGUCAACCUCUACGCCGAGAAGGUCCAGAACCGUGGUCUCUGCGCCAUCGCCCAGGCUGACUCCUUGAGACAGAAGCUCUUGCUCGGACUCCCAGUCAGACGUGCCUGUUACGCCAUCGUGCACCAGAUCAUGCUCAAGGGUGCCAAGGGUUGUGAGGUCGUCGUCUCGGGUAAGUUGAGAGCCCAGAGAGCCAAGGCCAUGAAGUUCAGAGAUGGAUACAUGAUCAAGUCCGGAAACGUCUCCGACGUCUUCGUUGACUACGCUUGCAGACACGUUCUCCUCCGUCAGGGAACCCUCGGAGUCAAGAUCUCCAUUAUGCUUCCAUACGACCCAACCGGAAAGAACGGAGGUAUCACCACCCCACAGCCAGACAUUGUCAUCAUCAAGGAGCCAACCAACUAA